AUCUCAGCAGAUCCUAACCAUCCAAUGUCCAAAACUUCACACCAUCAACCAUCCACUCUAUCCAUGAAUUCAGACCAAAGUAUACCUCCACUGAAUUACAAAGGACUGAAAGGGCAACACAACGUCCACCACCUGUUUCUCACUGGCUGAAUCACCAUCAUCAGGCAGUUCCUACCCUCGCCGGAGCUCAUUGAUUGGUUGGUCGGAAAGAUGGCAACAGUCACAACUCAGGCUUCAAUUGCAGUCCUCCGGCCCCAGGCAUCAAAAUCCAGGUUUCUCACAGGUUCUUCCGGCAAACUCACCAGAGAAUUCGCCGCCAAAACUGCACGCUCUAACACCUUGAACUCGUUCAAGGUGGAAGCGAAGAAGGGCGAGUGGCUCCCGGGCCUGCCUUCACCUGCCCACCUAAAUGGCAGCCUCGCCGGGGAUAAUGGAUUUGACCCACUUGGACUAGCUGAGGAUCCAGAAAACUUGAAGUGGUUCGUGCAGGCAGAGCUUGUCAAUGGCCGGUGGGCGAUGCUCGGUGUCGCAGGAAUGCUUCUUCCAGAGGUCUUCACCAAGACUGGGAUCAUCAAUGUUCCCAAGUGGUAUGAUGCCGGCAAGGCAGAAUACUUUGCAUCGUCUUCCACCCUCUUCGUCAUCGAAUUCAUCCUGUUCCACUAUGUGGAGAUGAGAAGGUGGCAGGACAUCAAGAACCCAGGCAGUGUAAACCAGGACCCCAUCUUCAAGAACUACAGCUUGCCACCAAAUGAGGUUGGGUAUCCUGGAGGCAUCUUCAACCCCCUCAACUUCGCUCCGACGCUCGAGGCCAAGGAGAAGGAGCUUGCAAAUGGGAGGUUAGCAAUGCUGGCAUUCCUGGGCUUUGUGAUUCAGCACAAUGUUACUGGUCAAGGUCCCUUUGACAACCUCCUACAGCACAUUUCUGACCCAUGGCACAACACCAUUAUUCAAACACUCAGGGGCUAGGUUCGUUUCUUUCGCAACAAGGAUUAGAUGACUUUUAGAGUGAGAAGGGCCACAAUGUAAAACAAAAGAAAAGUAACCGCCAUUCACAGGGGGAUCUGGAACAUUACUGUAUUGCCAUCUACUUUGUCUUCCCUACUUUUACCUUCUGUUUUGUUUUUUGAAAGUAAAUUCGUUCAUGUUCUUCUUCCAUGACAAACUAUAGUUAAGACAGCAAGAAGCAAGUGUGAGAUUGCAAUGGAUAA